UGUAAAGUUCAGUACUUCAAGACGAAGAGAUCUUGGAAACGGGUUGCAUUUUUGGAAGGAUUCCAAUUUCUUGGAAACUAUGAAGGUUUUCGUACUUUUGUCCGUGGCACUGGUCGCAGCCUGUGGGGCUCUUCCUCUCGAACCGGAGCACAAAACUGGGCGCGCCAUGGUGGGAAUGAUGCCAAUGAUGAAGGGGAACAUGAUGGGAAUGAAGGGAAUGCCGUCCAUGGGGGGCAUGCGAAAUCGGAGAGAAACGCCUGCAGAUCUCUUGAAGCUGAUCCCAUCCGAUAUUGCUGAUUCACUGCCUCCCGAUUUCCUCAUUAAACCGAGCCCUGAGACAAAGCCUGUUCCAUUACCAGAAACGACGAUCAAGCCAUCCGAGAAGCCGACAGAGGUAACCACACCAGUGACUACGAAACCAGUUGACCCUCCCGUAGCGGAAACCAAGCCUGAAACACAAUCUAAAAUCCCAACAUCUGAAGUGAAACAUGAAUCUGAAGCAACACCCGAGAUAAAAUUAGAAGACAAGGAGAAGAAGGAUAAAGUAGAGGAGGAAAAGUCCAAAGAUGCUCCCACAGUUCCAGAGGCGAAACCCCCAACAUAUCACACCACCCGAACCACCAGCCAUAUGAGCAACCAUAAAAUGGAUAUGAUGAAAACCAGAGAAGUGGACCCCAGCAUGCUACCCGAACCCAUCCCCGUCAGUGAGGUAAUCAAGCAGAAGGUUCCCGUUCACCACAAGAAAAAGGACCAUGACGAUGAUGACGACGAUGACGACUGUGAACAUCACAAGCACAGAAAGUUACCCAAAACCCACAACAAGAGGACAACAACCGACCACAAAAAAUCUGACCACAAAAAAACCGAAGAAGCCGACAAAACCCAUCACGACGCUGAACACAAGUCCGGUCUGGAGAAAACUCCUCCCGUCGACAGCAACCCAGUGACCGACAAGCAAGCCAAGGUAGCCGAUAAAGUAAUUGGAGAUAUCACAUCUCGAGUGAGGAGGAAUACUCAUAAAGGAAGACAUCACAGCAGCCACCAUCAAAAACAUCAUGCCUCCCACCACCACAAUUCUCACCACCAAGAAGAACACUUCCGUCAAGACCACCACAUGGAGCACCACAGCAAAGGUCACGAUAACAUGGGUCACGAUAACAAGGGACAUAUGAUGCACCGCCGAUCUGCCGAUGGUUAUGGAGGUGGUGCGACCCGAUCUGCCACGAGGUCAUCAGGAUAUUCCUCGGCAGUACGAAGUUCAUCCGGGUAUUCUGGAUCAACUCGAACGGCUGUAAGGUCAUCAUCAUACUCUGCCCCCACUACUGCUGUCCGAUCUUCAUCCUAUUCUUCAGAGACGAGAGCUUCUUCUGGUUACGGGAGGGCUGUCCGGGAAGAGAUGGGAUAUGGGAGCCAACUUGAUGAGCAAGUAGCCUCUGACUAUGCAGCCCCCGCGGUAAGAGAGGUUGUUCGGGAGGAAUAUUCUGCCCCUGCUGUUCCAGUUGUGAAGGACGUGUCUGAAUACGCGGCUCCUGUCGUUCGCGAAGUGUCGUCGUCAUACUCUGCACCCGCUGUCCGAGAAGUCUCCAGCUACUCAGCCCCUGCGGUCCGUAGUGAAGUUUCUGAAUAUUCAGCCCCUGCGGUCCGUAGUGAAGUUUCUGAAUAUUCGGCCCCUGCGGUUCGUGAAGUCUCCAGCUACUCAGCCCCUGCAGUCCGUAGUGAAGUUUCUGAAUAUUCGGCCCCGGUCAGGUCAGCUGCCAAGGUCAAAUUUGCUGUCCGACACAAACCAGCAGCUACAAGGGCAUCCGAUUACGAAGCCCCCGUCGUAGUAAAGUCAGCACCCGUUGUGCGGUCUUCCUACGAGGCGGCAGAAGCCCCAGUGGUCGUUAGCUCCAGCAGCUAUGAGGAAGAGGCCCCCAUUCGAAUCUCGAGUGAGCGGUAUCGUCGUGACGUUGGAACCGUUACUAGCAAAGUGUCCCACGCUCCGAUGAUGAAGCCAGUCGGAGACGUUUUGAAAGCGCACAAAAAAGAUGGCGAAUCUGGGAUGGGAAAGAAGGAGUAAAAUUAAGUCGCAC